AUGUCUGCAGGGCAGUAUCAAGAAAUCCAGCACGAAGCCAGAAGUUUUGGUGAUAUGGAGGUGGCGAAGCUCGUUAUGCUUAAAGUACUGCACAUGCAGAAAAAAUCUACAAGUCUUGAAUCUGCAUCUCUGGAGCUGCACCAGGGCUCCGGUCGAACCAGUCAACUGGAAGAGUGGAAACAGAUGUCGGGUCAUAGACCAACGCGUUUCCGCAGUAUAUUCGAGAAGCUAAGACGAGCGCCAUUCCACAGAACUUCCCAGCAACCGACAACAGAAUACGACGGUCUCGUGCGCCGCGACUCACCGCACGAAACGUUGCACGAUGCAGCAAGAAGAGGCGAUGCGGAAUGUCUAUGGCAGCUGAUCGAGGCUGGGGCCGAUGUCAACAUACAGAACAAUAAUGGUGAAACAGCGGCACAUUUUGCGGCAGUUGCUGGCAAUGUCGACUGCUUACGCCGGCUACAUUCUGCAGGUGCUGCUGUCAAUAUGCAAGACAAGAGAGGUCAGACUCCACUGCAUUAUGCAGCAGCUAUGGGCAAUGCCCAGAGUGCGAAGCUACUGCUGGCCGCUGGUGCAGACGCAUUGGAGCAGGACUCGAAAUGUCGGACACCUCUUCAUUUGGCGGUCAUCUGGGGAAACGCGGAAUGUGUCAGGUUGCUGGCGCGUGCAGUCAAAAAUCUAGAGUUGAGAGAUAUGGAUGGUCUCACAGCAGUGCACUACGCAGCACGAAAUGGUGAAGUUGAAAGUCUGAAGCUGCUCUUACGUGCAGGUGCUCACAACAGCCCAGUGAGUGAUGCCCUGGAGACACCUCUGCACUUGGCAGCAUACAAAGACCAAACCGAGUGUGUGAGGCAGCUGCUGCAAGAGAAGGCGGAUCUGACAGCGAGGAACGCCGACGGCAAGACCCCGCUGCACGUCGCUGCAGAGGAGGGCAACCCGGACUGUGUGAGGCUCAUGCUGGAUGCGGGCUCAGGCAUGCAGGAAAAGGAUAAGUUUGGUUUUACGCCGCUACACCUUGCAGCUGUCGAAGAAAGUUUGGCUUGCGUCAGGUUACUGGCGGAGGGAGGAGCAGAUGUGCACGAUACUAACAACAAUGGUGACACGCCACUUCAUCUGGCCAGCGGUUCCAUUGACACCACCGGGUGUGUGAAGCGACUUUUGCAAGAUGGUGCAAGAGUCACAACAAAAAACAAUCGUGGCAACACGCCACUUCACGUCGCUGCUUAUGUGGGCAACGCUGGAAGUGUGGGCCUGCUACUCGAGGCUGGGGCAGACAUCGAGCAGGUGAACGAAGAUGGUGACACGCCUCUACAUUUGGCCAGUCUGUCUGCUGACAGAGAAUGUGUGAGGCGUCUCUUGGAAGCGGGUGCCAGAGUCACAACUCGCAACAACCGUGGUAACACGCCAAUGCACUGUGCGGCAGUGAAGAGCCGAGGCUGGAAUGUGAAGCUACUGCUGGACGCUGGUGCCGAUAUCGAACAAGUGAACGAAGACGGCGACACGCCACUACAUUUGGCCAGCCUAUGUUUUGGCACAGAAUGUGUGAUGCUGCUUUUGGGAGCCGGUGCAAGAGUCACAACUCAGAGCCAUCGUGGUAACACGCCGCUGCACUGUGCGGCAAUGAAGGGCAAUCACUGGAGUGUCAUGCUGCUUCUGGACGCUGGUGCAGACAUCGAACACGUCAACGAAGAUGGUGACACACCUCUGCAUUUGGCCAGCCUGUUCAUCGAUACAAAGUGCGUCAAGGGACUCUUGGAAGCCGGUGCAGGAGUCACAACACAGAACAAUCGUGGUAACACGCCGCUGCACUGCGCAGCAAUGCAGGGCCGGGCCCAGAUUGUGAAGCUACUGCUGGAUGCUGGGGCAGAUAUGGAACAGGUGAAUGAGGACGGUCGCACACCACUCUACUAUGCAGCUACAUCUGGUCAUGGAGAGUGUGUCAAGUUACUUUCAGAGUAUGAAGUAGUCGUCCACACUUAG